UAGAAGCCCUAGGCGGCGAAUUUCCGCUUGACCGAAAAAAAGAAGCAGCAGACAGAAAAACCAACCAGAGCAUCCCAAUGGGAAAAACGAUCCUCCAAGAAGAAGCAGACACAACAAGCAUUAAUCUACCGGACGAAAUGCUCGAGCACAUAUUCGCUUACCUCCCAACCAAAUCCCUCGCACGAACCGACGUUCUUUCCAAACACUGGAACCGCCUCUGCCUUUGGCGCUCCCACCCUCAUCUCAUCAUUCUCGACUCAGUCAGAGACCCGCUACUCAGUCACAAACUCACCAAAUUGCUACGCGCGGUGUUAUCUCGCCGUCAACCUGACUCCAAUAUUACCACCUUUCGCCUCUGCAGUUACCUAAGUCCCUUUUGCUUGCGCGAUUGCAUCGACCGGGUGGUAAUGAAUCACGGAAUAGAACGACUGGAACUCGACGUUUAUUUAGACUGUAGCUUUGAUCUCCCUUCGAGUUUGUUCGAUUGCAACACGCUUAGGGUUCUCACAUUGAAUCACCAAUAUGAAGAACCUGUUGAUGAUAGAAGGUAUUUUUCAUUAUGGGAAGAAGGAACACCUUUACCCUCGUAUAGGCAUUUCAAUUAUCCUGAUUCCAGAGGCCUUCCGUCGGUCCACGCCUUGUCUCUAACUAAUGUAUACUUUAGGGGUGGUUCGGACUUGUUUUCUGGGGAUAACUUCCCUCUCCUUAGGAAACUGUGGUUGAAAAAUUGUAGAGGAUUGUCUCAUCUUAAUAUCAACUGCCCGGGCCUAGAGAUUUUAAAACUCGACGGUUUGCAUCUAAAAGGUUUGAAUAUUUCUGGCACUGGGUUACUGGCAUUACGAAUCAUAAAGUGCUUUCGAUAUGUCGGUAGUUGGGCAAAGAUUUGGGCCCCAAGUCUCCAGAGUUUGUAUUGGGAAAGCAGAAUCUCUGUGAAAUGUAGUGUAAAGAGCUUCAGAGACCUCAAAACAUGCUCCCUCCGUUUUCACUACAAAAUACCAGAUAGAGCCACAUUGCAGAGUGCAUCCACCUUACUAUCGGCAACUUGUUUUGCUAGAUCUAUGUUUGUUGGAAGCGGGAACCGAGUUCUUGAGACUCUGUCAAAGAUAGAUUCUGAAGGUGGUCUUCCAUGCUCUUUCACUAACCUCGUGACCUUGGAGCUCCAUACUUACUUGACCAAAGAUGAAAUAAUAGGGAUAACAUGCUUGCUUAGAAGCUCUCCAAUACUCCGCACAAUGACCAUAAUUUCAAAUAGUUGUUCCGGCACCAGGAAUAUGGAUCUCGAUGAAAAACAAUAUUGGAAAUCCCAAAUUCAAAAUCUCAAGUCGAUUGAGGUUCACCUGAAGGUUGUAAGAAUUGAUGUACAAGAUGUUCAGAUGCAUGAGAGGGCAGUCUAUUUAGGGAAAUUGUUACUUUGUCACGGAAGAGCAUUGCAGGAAAUGACUCUAAAUUUAAGGAGCUACCCCGUGGUUCCUUCUUUCGAGCAACAAAGAGUUCAGUCUGAGAUUAUGACGUUUGCACAUGCAUCUUCUAAUGUUAUAGUCACUUUACUUCCGCCGCACACAUAAACAAGAAAGGCGCUUUUAUUAUAA